AUGCUAAAUGGACAUACUAAUCUUAACCUGAUUUGCCUUGAUUCAGUCUGCACUUCAGAGUCAAAUCCUGAAACACAAACAAGGAAUGCCCUAGGUGUCUUAGGUAUGGCAGACACAGGUGUUCUGGUAGAGAGAAUCGCCAGUCAAAAUCAAAUUCCAGGGGGGGAGGAGACAGCUGGACAAGGAAAAGUUACUGAGAAAGAGGAGAGGAAUGUCAUUACAGCUCCACCUCGUACCAAAAUUCCAGACAAGUUUUUAGUAGACGAGAUAGAUUUCUGCACAAAGCAACAUCCCAAUCUGGACAUCAUAGCAUACGUGUCUUCAGCCAUCAGCAACGUCGCCGAGAGAAAUGCCACCCGCACCACGUGGGCCAACGCCACGGCACAGGGUUUUGCCCUCAAGAUGGCAACCGUGUUUGUAGUGGGGCGAGCCAAGACCGAAGAAGAGGCCAAGAUUGUGCGAGAGGAAAGUCAGCGGUACCACGACAUCAUCCAGAUGGAUCACGAGGACGAUUACAGACUUCUCACAUACAAGUCCUUGGCGUCUCUCAGCUGGGUUGCGCAGCGCUGUCAGCAGGUGCCUUGGACUCUGCACUCUGAUGACGACAUUAUCAUCGACGUGUUCGGCUGGGCCAAGGUGCUGCAGAGUGUAGAUGCCAACUCAAAAGAUAAAUUCCUAUGUAACAUUAUGACUGGUGGUAAGGUUUUAAGGGAAGGCAGGUGGAGCGUAGACUUAGCAGAAUACCCUGCAUCGGAAUACCCAUAUUAUUGCUCGGGAGGCAUGUGGAUUCUACAGACCAAGCAAAUUCCUCGUCUUCUGGAAGCAUCCAAGGUGGAACCUUUCUUAUGGGUGGAGGAUGCUUACAUAUGCGGGAUCUUGCGUAUACAUGCCGGCAUCAAACAGCUGCAACUGAAUGAUAUAUACAAAUUCGACUUCAACAUCACUCAUGUUGGCCAAAUAUUUACUUGGUUUUUUGGAGGAGCUCACAGACAAACGGGCUGGAGAGCAAUUCUUGAUUAUCAUAGAAAUAUAUCCGACCAAUUUCUCCUGCUUCAAUAGGCUCUGCCUUGGUAAUAUAUUUCUAAAAGAAAA